AUGAAAUAUAAAGAGGAAGUGUUACUUGAAGCUAUAAACAGUGUUAUUAGUUCACCUAAAAUGUCUGUUAGAGCUGCUGCUAAAUUUUUUAAAGUACCCCGAGCAACUUUGCAGAGCAGGAUAAAUGGAAAAGUUGAGAUUGGUGCAAAAGCAGGAAGAAAAAGUUUAAUGCCGCUUGAUCUUGAAAAAAAGUUACUUGAUUUUGCAGACAACAGAGCUAGGAUGGGCAUUGGUUUUGGAAAAGAACAAUUCUUGGUAUAUGCUGGCAAGCUUGCCAAAAAAUAUGGAUAUUCUUUUAAGAAUGGCAAACCAUCUAAUAAAUGGUGGCGACUACUUAACAAUCGACAUAACAAAAAAGUAACUCUUCGACAACCAGAAUCAACAGCAUCAGUUCGUCAUCAAUGCAUGAAUCUGAUAAAGGUGGCAAAUUAUUUUACUGCACUUAAAGAAGUCAUUAAAGACUGUCAGCCUGAAGUAAUAUGGAACAUGGAUGAGACAGGACUGCAGCUAGACUUUAAGGCGCACAAAAUAGUUGCUGCAAAAGGUACAAAAUAUUUACAUAUGAGAACAAGUGGAAAUCGAGAAAUGAUUACUUUAAUUGUUUGUGUGAAUGCAGCAGGAAGAGCCUUACCACCUCAUGUGAUUCCAAAAGGAAAAACAGUAAAAUCCCUUCAAAGUUUUCAAGUUCUAGAUGCCCCUGAAGGAACCAACUGGAGUCCAAGUGAAUCUGGAUGGACUAAACAAGGGAUUGCAAAACUAUGGUUUGAGCUUACAUUUUUAAAAAACAUUGGACCACAACGUCCACAAGUUUUAAUUUUAGAUGGCCACGAUUCCCAUAAUUUCGUAGAGUUAAUAGAUAUGGCCAUACAAAACCGAAUUGAAAUUGUUGAAUUACCUGCUCAUACAAGCAAUCAGCUUCAACCUUGUGAUCGAACUGUAUUUAAGCCAUUCAAAGUUUCAUAUAAUAAAGCAGCCCAGGAUAUGAUGUCUAAUCACCCUGGGGUUAUAAUAAACAAGGCCAAUUUUACAGGACUUUUAACCAAAGCCUGGAAUAAAAGUAUGACAAAAGCUAAUAUUGAAUCUGGCUUUAAAUCAUGUGGAAUAUUUCCAUAUAAUCCUUCAAUUAUUCCAGCUGAAGCUUACUUGCCAAACUAUGUGUAUUCUGAAGACAGGUUAAUGACUAAUCUCUUUGAUCAAAUUAAAACAGUUGAUAAUACAACAAUAGUUAAGCAGAUUAAGCAAACAACAGACAGCACAAAAGUACUUUUACCAGAUAUUGAGUUGGAGCAACAUCUAAUUACCAACCCAAGAUUUGCUGUAGCAAAUGAUCACGACUAUUUAGCUGAACCAAUAACCGUAGUAGAACAUAGGAGUGAUGAUUUAGUGGAACUAAAUAUGAAAACUAUAGAACUAAAAGCUGCAAGUAAUAAAGCUACUAGUAAGUUUCAAGACAGCUUUAGGAUUAUGACUUACUCUGAAAUUGAACAGCCUAUUGAUCAGCAUGAAGUUGAUUUUACAGUUUCAACUCUUUUAGCUUCUGAUUUUGCAAAAACUAGAUCUUUUGCUCCAAAUUUCCCCUUUAAAAAUUCAUCUUAUCCAGGAGAUGGAGAUAAUGACAUUUUGCCAUAUUCUUAUCCAAAUUUUACAAAGAGCAAAAAAGCUAAGAAUGCAGACAAGUUUUUUGUGCUUACUUCUAAGGAAGCAUAUGAGUCACAGUUAAAGCAGAAGCAAAAACAAGCUCAAAAUGAAAAGGAAAAAGAAAUGCGUAAAUUGAAAAGACUACAAAAUUUAAAAAUAAAGGAAGCAACGGUAUUGUCAAAAGAUAGUCCUAGAAGAAAACCGUUGCUAUAA